AUGUCGCUCUCGGAGUAUACGUUCAAGAGAGUCCUAAACAUGCAGACGAUCGGGAUAGUGAUCAACUUGGUGGUCCUCGCGGGCGCGGUGUCGACGGCGAUGGGGUUGGUGGGGUUGUUUGCGAGUGGGGAGUGGAAGCGGCUGACCAGAGAGAUGGAGGAGUUUGAAUCGGAGAAGGCGGCGUAUGUGAUGACGGUAGUCUGGGCUGCCGGAGCGGCUCAGGGGCUGUCGAUUGGGAUGAUGGGUUUGGUUUUCGAUGUGUCCUUCGUCUUCUCCAACGCCGUCAGUGUUGUUGCUUAG